AUGUUUCAUCCUAAUUUGGAGGCAAUUUCUCUUAAGAGAGUACAGAAGGAGUUACAUGCCAUGUCUCAAGAUCCUCUGUCACAGUGUUCUGCAGGGCCUGUGGCAGAAAACAUGUUUCAUUGGAAAGCAACCAUAAUGGGGCCCGAAGACAGCCCCUACCAGGGAGGGGUAUUUUUCCUAAACAUUCACUUUCCAACCACUUAUCCCUUUAAGCCUCCCAAAAUUUCAUUUAUUACUCAAAUCUACCAUCCAAAUAUUGACCAAAAUAGAAGCAUCUUUCUAGAUAUUUUGGGUUCUGAGUGGUCACCCGCAAUUACUAUUUCCGAAUGUUCUCUACUGUGUAAUCCAAAUCCAGAUCUUCCACUGGUUCCUGAAAUUGCGAAGGUCUACCACACGGAUUUAAAACAGUAUGAAAAAUUGGCUCGGGAGUGGACAAAAAAAUAUGCAAUGUAA